AUAACCGAUUACUUUUUUACUGUUACGAUCGCUAAUUCCAAUAUCUUCAAUCAGCCUAUUAAUUCUAUAUGAAAUUAACACGAAUUUUUUUCGCAGGAGAAUUUCAAAGUAAUUUAGUGAUUAUUUGCUGAUAAUAACAUCAAAACUUUCUUAAAAAUGUUCGAUAGACGUAACGGUGAUCGUGCUGGAGCUGGAGUUGGUGGAAUGGGCGCUAUGGGCGGCAAUGGUGGCGGCGGUGUAUAUCGUGAUCAGCAGCGUGGUGGUCCGAUGCGCGGCAAUGGUCUUCCACGUCCACGUCCUGCACCUUAUACUCGUGGUGGUGUUGGCGGUAAUGGUGCUCAAUUUCGCGGUGGACCGCCACGUGCUGGCAAUAAUGAUCGCCGAAUGGAUGGCGGCAACAAUACUGGGACCCCUGGAGAUCGUUUGCCCACUAUAAUUUGGUCUGAAAUAAAAUUGACUCCAUUCCAAAAGAAUUUCUAUCAACCAAGUACAACCGUUGUGGAACGCUCAAAGAAUGACGUGGACGGGUUUCUCACGUCUAAUGAAGUGACAUUGAAAGGCGACGGUAUACCAUCGCCCAAUAUUGAAUUUAGUGAACCUGGUUUCCCAGAACACGUUUUAGCAGAGAUCAAAAAAAUGGGAUUUGCUAAGCCCACAGCUAUACAAGCACAGGGCUGGCCAAUCGCGCUAAGUGGACGAGAUAUGGUCGGAGUAGCACAAACUGGAUCUGGUAAGACACUUGCUUAUGUGCUACCAGCUGUAGUUCAUAUCAGUCAUCAAGCUCGCUUGGAACGUGGGGAUGGACCAAUUGCUCUAAUUUUGGCCCCCACUCGCGAAUUAGCUCAACAAAUACAGCAAGUUGCUAAUGACUUUGGUUCUAAGACUCAUGUAAGAAACACUUGCAUUUUUGGGGGAGCUCCAAAACAACCUCAAGCACGUGACUUGGAACGUGGCGUUGAAAUAGUGAUUGCUACGCCUGGACGUUUGCUUGAUUUCUUAGAGAGAGGUGUUACCAAUCUGCGACGUUGCACUUACUUAGUAUUGGAUGAGGCUGAUCGUAUGCUUGAUAUGGGAUUUGAACCACAAAUAAGGCGCAUAAUUAAACAGAUUCGCCCAGAUCGGCAAGUUUUGAUGUGGUCAGCCACUUGGCCAAAGGAAGUGCGCAAUCUGGCUGAAGAGUUUCUUGAUAACUAUAUACAGAUUAAUAUCGGUUCAUUAACCCUUUCAGCUAAUCACAAUAUACUUCAAAUAGUAGAUGUUUGUGAAGAAAAUGAGAAAGACAAUAAGCUCAUCAAGCUUUUAUCUGAGAUUUCUGCCGAAUCUGAAACGAAGACUAUAAUAUUCGUUGAGACCAAAAAGCGUGUCGAUGAAAUAACUCGUGUUAUUGGACGUAAUGGUUGGCGCGUAUGUGCCAUUCAUGGCGACAAGUCGCAACAAGAGCGUGAUUUUGUUUUAUCGUCUUUCCGCAAUGGUCGUCACUCAAUUUUGGUGGCGACAGAUGUGGCUGCCCGCGGCCUAGAUGUUGAUGAUGUGAAAUUCGUAAUUAAUUACGAUUAUCCUUCAAAUUCGGAGGAUUAUGUGCAUCGUAUCGGGCGUACAGGACGCUCAAACAAUACGGGAACGGCAUACACCUUGUUCACCACAUCAAAUGCCAACAAAGCUAAUGACUUGAUACAAGUGCUACGCGAGGCGAAUCAGGUUAUCAAUCCGCGACUUGUUGAAAUGGCUUCGUCGUCGGGGUACAAUCACAAGCGUAAUUCACGUGGUGGCUAUCAAAAUCGUGGAGGUAAUCAUAUGAGUGGUGGUAGCGGUUAUGGUAAUCGGGGCAAUCGUGGUUAUGGUAACAAUAAUAUGGGAGGAGUCGGUGGCGCUCAAGCAUACCAACAGCGCCCACAGCAACCGCCAAAUGGUGGCGGUCAAAUGUAUCAACGUCCGAGCGGCCCCCCUUCGCGUUUCUCAGCUGCACCGCCUCAGGGAGGAUAUGAUCGUAAUCAGCAAGCCAGUGGGCAUAAACCCUAUGCUAAUGUAGGAGUUGAUGGCGUUGACAAACGUCCACGUUUCAACCCACAGCAGCAACCGCCACAGCAAGCUUCGGCCUAUCAACAACAACCACCCCGCAUACCUUAUGGGGUCAAUACAAACAGUCACCCGAGUCAUAAUGCACAUCAUCAACCACCUCCAAGCCAUCGGGGUCCACCACAAGCAAGUGGAGCUGCGGGUGCCACUUCAGCUAUGUAUACUCAUGCACCGCCUUCACAUCACCACUCAACCGCCGGCGCUCAUUAUGCCGUUCCCUCUGGAUUCAGUGCCGCAUCGGGCAACAUGUUUGCCUAUCCUCCGCCCCCAUUGCCCGUGCAGAAUUAAAAGAACACUUAUAUAUUAAAAUAUUAUUAACAUCAUCAGUAGUUUAAAACAUAUUGAAAUAACUUUUGCAUUUGGCAUUUGUAGUAAUGUACGUUGUUUCGUAUUACUACGAGUAUUAUGUAGCCUGGUGGAAACACAAAUUGAAAGGCCAUCACAACGCUGCAAUUUUUUAUUUUUUUUUUAACGUACAGAACUGAAUAUUGUUCUUGUUGUUUAAUUUGUAUGUUGAUUCAUAAAUUUUCCAUUACUUUUAA